AAAGAAAGAAAGAAAGAAAAAAAAACAAGGCCCCGAUGGAGGGGUGGUACUAUGUGAAUGGAGUGGGGCCCCGUUUUACAGGUGGGGCUGAAAGUUUGAACGCAGCACGACACAAGGUUAAAUAUUUUCCUACGACUCACCUGGACCCUUUCCUGCCGCUAUAUUCUCCCGUGACUCAUUCCUGGUGCUCCUUUAUACCGUUACUGCAUCCACCUCCACCUCAACGAAAUCAUUCAGCAAUAUUUCUGACGAUAAACCUGACAAUAGUGACAAUAGUGACUGGAUUAUACGAUUUAAUUAACGCCAACCGAGCACAUGUUGUUGGAAAUUAUUUAUAAAAAUUAUUCGUCUCACGCCUCUUGAAGUUACAUCCUGGCGAAACUACGCAAUGUCUUGACCCUAUUUGGAAUUUUCAUCAGCUACGAGUAAAUGCGAGUAUACCAACCUCAAGUUAGAGAAUGGAAAUGCGGUGUGUGUGGCUCGUUCUGGGAUUUCUCGUUCUAUCUGCUGCUGAUGAUUCAGAGAACUGUGAUGACAAGAAUUGGCACAGCUUGGAGACAUCAGAGCUGUCCAAGUUAGAGUGUGGUCGUGCUUUCCAGAAUAGAUGCAUCUGCUCGAGGAUUUGCUUUGAGGGGAGACAUCAGUACGUUGUCAAUUGCACAAACUCCAAAUUUACCGAUGUAGAACCCUUGGAAAAUUUACCCAAUAAAACUCAGGUAUUAAUUUUCACGGGAAACACAUUAGAAAAACUACCAUGGAAUAUUUUCGGUACAUUGGAUAGAAUACCAAGUUUGAGGAUUAUCGACAUGUCAAGCAACAAAAUUCGGGAAAUAAGUGGAAAAGCGUAUCAUCAUGUAAAGAACGUGCAGCGGUUGAAUCUAGAUUUUAAUGAAUUAUCCAUACAAUCCCAGAGCGAUCAUCCACGUGUUUUCUCAAAUUUUGAAUCUCUUCUGGAGUUGCACCUUACUGAUGCCUUUGAGGAUGGACCACCAAGAGAUUUAGCUGAGACACUACACAAUAUAUUUGUCAACAGUAAUUUGUCUCAGCUGAUAAAGCUUCAUCUGGAGCAGAAUGAAAUCUCGGAAUUUAGAGAUUCAAAAGUCUUCUGCAAUCUUCCAAAUCUCCUAGAUCUUCACUUGGGAGAUAAUUCUCUAACUGCAUUGCAUUUCAAUUUAUCAUGCCUGCAAAAAUUGAGAUUUUUGGAUCUGCAACGGAAUAAUUUCACGAGGGUAUUGGAUCGCGACAUGAAGACCUUAGACACAUUUGCACAGCACAAUCAAAGUGUGACGAUCGAUUUGUCCAAUAAUCCAUUUCAAUGCUCCUGUAAGCUUAAUCCAUUCAUCAAGUGGAUGAAGAAAACUAAGAUCUUUGUGAGAAAUCAACAUAUUUUGACAUGCAAAGACAAGCACAAUAAACUGUUACCCUUCCAAGAGACGAAGAACUGCAUGACAAAAGUGAAUUCAGCAGCUGGAAACUCAGGAACAGCCGUAGCAGUUGUGAUGCUUUCGUUAGUUUUAGUGGCCCUUGUUUGUGCAUUAAUCUAUUUGCAACGUGAAGAGCUGAAGAAAAAGCUUGGACCAGUGAUAGAUUCAGUGAACAAACGCGUAAGAUACACAUCAAUAGCAACUGGAGAGGCCAGAGAAAAUGAAGCUUAAGAUCUCUAAAUUUCCUUUCAUCCCCUCCUUCGCAAUCAAUUAAAAAAAUACAUAAUUAUUAUUAACAUUUCCCUCAGUGUUACGACGACAAUAAGACAGAACUAUAUAAAUAAGUGAAAAAAAUAAUCACAUAAGAAGUCAUGGUAGAUAAGUAGUAACUAUAAAAUGGAUUAAUUUAAUAUAUUCUCUACCCCGUACUUAAUUACAUCACCUGAUCAAUAAAAUUGAACAAAUUAAAAGAUUGGAGUUAUCCAAGCGCACUGUAACAUAUUUCAAAAUAUAUUUUUAACUUUUAGUUUAUCAAUUGACAAGUUACUCUAAGUAAAAAAUGAAUAAAAAUGAAUAAAAAUAAGACGGUGAAACUUGAAAAGAUAAUUGUCUGUAUAUGAACAUCACCUUAAGUAAUCUCUUACCUCUUAUCUUUUAUCAAGCUAUUUACACUCUUCAGGUGAUUGGACACAGUCAUGUCGUUGUCGUAUCGGAAAAUGGCUGGCCUUUAGGUGCAUUCCAAUAUUGCAUUUCAUUUACAGUGUACGAAAUUCAACGGCUAUUUCCCAAAAUACUUCCA